AGUUUUCAAGAUUUUCCUGCAACUGACGAAGUUAAUUAUCAUGAAUGUUUAAAUAAAAACAUGAAUUUACUGACGAAUGCAUGUGGAAACCAGUUUCAAAUCGAUUUGAAGCCAUAGACAGUGGAACAAAAUAUUGAAGGACGCUAAAAUGUGUAAAAUAUUAAACUCUUAUCUAUGCUUGAUCAGUUUAAUUCAUUUACCACAAUGUUUAGCCCAAACUGAUUGGGAUAUACGCGCCAAUAUUAUUAUUCCAUCUCCACCUACAGCGUCAUCAUUAUCAAGUGAAGCGCAGAUAUCUGUUAAAAAUGAUAUAGAAAAUGAACUUAAAUCAUCGGAAUCUGAAAAUAAUAAACCAAACGUAAUGAAAUCAUCUCAUUCAAUGAAUGGAAAACAAGAUAUAAGCACAGACUGUUUGGAGGCACUAAACAAUUGUGAAUCACUCAGUGGAAUAUGUAAAGUUGAUGUAGAAAUAUUUAAGACAUUCUGUGGAGAUUGGACCGAUGAACGUAGUCUCUUAGGAUGUCCGCGUAAAUACUUAAGAGAGUGUCAAUCUGCCCUGAAGACAAUGAAUCUUGGUCGGCCUGGUUUGAAGUACUGUACAUGUGAUAGUCGUUCUAGUCGUUCAAUUGAUGACCUAACCAGAUGUAAUCUACUCAGAAGAAAUUUAAACAAGCAUCCUUGUAUGGCAGAGCCACCACUUUUCUUUCGUGAAACACAAACAUCCAUAAAAUCACGUUAUGAACGCAAAAAUGAUGUUAAAACAGAAGAUACAUCAGCUACAUCGAAAGAUAACAUGACCUCACAGUCAACUAAAGCACAGGUUCUGGAUACAGGAGAUAUUUUGACUACAUUCCCUACUACCGUAAAUCGUUCACAUAAUACAAACCCCCCUGAAACAGUCUCAGUCAACAGACACAUUAGUGCAAACAUGGAGAACACAAGCUGUCUCGAUUUAUUGGAGAACUGUACCAGACAACCAACGUGCUCAUGGGCAUUAAAUAAAUUUCGUGCACUAUGUACUGUGAGAACAUGUGACAAAUUAAAGUUACAAUGCCUUGAAGCAUCAAAGACGUUUAUUCAAUUUAAAACUCAUACAAAUUGUGAUUGUCAAAGUGAAAUGAAUGAAGAUAGAUAUCGAAGAUGUUUAGACUAUAAAGAGACAGUAAUCGACAAUAAAUGUGUUGAAAUUUCAUCAAAUGAGCAGGUGACUACAGGCCAUUUUAAUGAGUUGGAGUAUUCAUACGUCAAUCAGAAUUUCGAGAAGAGUUCAACGUAUGCACCAACUUCACCUGUUCUUCAUUUCACCUAUCCAAAAGUAACCCAUGACAAUUCAGUCUCUGAAAAAAAUGAAAAGCUGUCGGUUAACAAUUCUUCGAAUAGUCAUCUUCAUAGACAGGAAGAAAAGGAGAUAAUCGGUGCAACAGCAGUACUUAUGGAGACAUCAAAUAGUAUUAUGAACUGUUUCUCAGCAUUUGAUGAAUGUCUACAUGACCCUAUCUGCCUUCAAUAUUAUAUAAAUCUGCGAUAUGGAUGCCCAGCAAUGAAUAAUCAAUUCAAUACCUGUAGAAAUACUUUCCAGUGUAUAAAUGCAAUUAAAGGUUUUCAUAAUGAAACAAACUCUUUUGUAAAUAAGGCUAUAUCAUGUACUUGUGAAAAAAAUGAUUUAGACUGUCAACAGAUUCAGAAAAUAUUUGUGCCUACAUGCAUUCGUCAAUCGUCUGGAUUACAAAUUGACUGUUAUCAUGCUUGGAUACAGUGUCAAAAUGAUGCAGUGUGUAGAACUAAUUAUGAUCUUUUGGUUUCCGAAUGUCAAAAUCCCGAUGGCCUUUGCUCUUUAAAUCCUACAACAUGUUUAAACUCUUAUCGAAGGUUGUGGACAGGUUCCUGGGCUGGUGGCUGCAGUUGUGAAGUAGCCAAGUCAAAGCAAGAAACCUCAGACAAUUCGCCCUCGGGAUGCAAUGAUUUUGGAAAAGUUUUAACACAACCUCCAUGUAUUCAAAGCAGCGUGAACACAACACAAAAAGAAAAUGAGGAGUUAAAAGAAAAACCGUUAUCAUGUGUCGUGAUGGAUAAAGUCAAGACUAUACCAGAAGAUUUUCUAAGACUUCCACAAACGUAUGUUUAUCAAGAAUCAAGUCAGUCAACAGCAGAUUGUUCAUUACUGUGUAGUUGUUAUUUUGGCUGCCGAUAUGAAAUGUGUUUCUGGAAAGAGACAAAUGUCUGGCAUGCAUAUUAUUUAUCGAAUCAUACAAAUCAACAAGUCAGUCUACCAACACGCAUACAAACAAUCAAUAUCUACCGACCAAAUUUAUCACUGGCUUGUAUUUAUUUGCCGAAAUUAAAUCGUCAGUGCCUAUGUUAUCAAAACGAUCAGGUUGUAUGUAACGUGGUCAGUCAGCAAAAUCAGUAUAUUGUAACAGGUCAUAAAUUACUGAUAGACUUUGAUGUGGAUAUGUAUUCAACAACUAUAGAUUUGUUAGCCGAUGACAAAUCUUUAUCAGAGUAUGAAUUCUAUGGAAGUAUUGUACAACUUGAAUUGCUUUUGACUAAGUUAAUUUCACAUCUGAUUGGACAAUCAAGCUGCCGGUUACUUUUAUCAACAUAUCAAACAGUAAACAAUAAAAAUGUCUGGUUGAAACACAAGUCAAGUGAUGGUAGAUCUGCAAAAUUUGUUAAACGCUUGGAAUAUUUAUUAGCAGUCAGCUCAGAUAAAUAUUAUGGAAGAAAUAAUCAAACAGAGUACUGCAUUAAUUCAUUAGAACUAUUGAACAUCAUGAUCAAUGACCAAUAUUUACAUAUAAAAUACCAUCCACAAUUUUCAACAUUUCAAAAAAGUAUUUUAAAGGCGCCAGUAUCAAAUGAAUACAAUGAUUUAAACAAAAAUUCCGAUUCUAUAUAUCGUCUACAACAAUUACAGCGUCACCAUCAACAAACUCAAAGUUGGCGACAUACAAGAACAUCACUUCAAUCACAAAGACAUAAUGAACCAGUGAAGAAUAAUUGUCAAUCAAAGCAUCUUUUGACAAAUACUUUUUACCAUGUAUUUUCUUUCUCAUUAUAUUCUUUUUACUAUUUCUAUUAUUCUCAGUAUAACUUUGAUGAUUUAUUUUCAGACAGAUUUUCACUUCUUAAUAUUUUUAACCUUUUUAAUAUUAUUUGAUUAUUCAUUCAACUGGUUUAAUAGUCUAGUGUACAGUUUAAGAACACUAUAGGGCUAAAACUUUUGAUAAAAUCUAUUAUCUUAGGUAUACAUUUUUAUGUGUUAACAGAUUCAGGCGUAAUAAUAUGCGCUUUGUUGUGUUUGUGUACAUAGGUGUUUUCAUGUGCAGUACUAUCUACCUAUUCUUGGUUCCGUGUAUCUUAUAAAUGAUUACCUAUUAGUACUAAUUGAUGUAUAAAGUAUAUUUGUACAUUUCUUUUGUAACAUAAUUAAUAAGCUGCAUUCCACUAAGUUGUUUCACUUAUUGUCUAUACAAUUUCAAUUGAUAAGCUUAUGCUUUUAUGAUAAAUUAUAUACUGAAUUCCACCAAAUUAUUAUGUAAUACAAAUAAUUACAUAUAUAAUUCAAUGUGAUUUAUUUCUGUUGUAUCUACCAGUUGAAUGCUUCAAUGUAUUUUCGGAUGGAUAUUUAAAUUCAUAAAUUUGUUGAAAAAUUAAGUUUUAUCUUUGAGUCUUAUGAUUAACUAUCGACAAUUCCAUAGCGAAUAAAAAAGAAGGUGAAACAAAGUUAUAGCUGGUAUUACAGUGAAAUACGAUCACUGGAAAAUACUUAUUCUAAUGUAACUGUUUUACCAUACAACAUCUAUACAUUCCUUUGAAUAUUUGUUUUCGUUCAUUUACGAUUAAAUGAUAAAUUUAAUUUUAUUUGUUAUAAUUUGUCGAAUGAAUAAGAAUGUGUUACAGUAUGACUGACUUAUUUUAUUUCAACUUAUUCCCUACCAUCUUUUACGAGUUCAUCUUUAUUGGCUAAACAAUACUAUAGAGAAAUGAAAAUGAAGCCUAUUGAAAAUUUCUACUAAACUCUUCGAUUUUUUUUUCUACCUCAUCUUUUAACUAUCAGAAAAAAUGCACUGUACCGGUAAACAUGUUAUUUGUGUAUGUGUAUAUGUGUCUUUGUCCUGUGAUAUGUCAUUGAAAUACAUUAUCCUAAUAUACCCAUUGAUGAAAUGAAAAUCU